AUGGUGCUUUUAUUCCUUUGGAAUACUCUUGGGGAGAAAAUAGCGGUUUUUGAUAAGUCCAUUGAGCAUGCACACAAGAUGUGGGUUAAUGCAGUUGGGUUUGUUCCAAAGAGCAACGAUGUUCUUGUAACUGCCAGUGAGGAUGGCACAGUCAAAAUGUGGGAUCUUGAAUCCAACAGACUCCUCAAAACCUUCUUCAAUGGUGCACUCAUUGAUUAUGAAAAGGCCAAGGAGAACAAGACGCAGGUUAAAGACUGCGACUAUGAUCUUGCAGUUAAGGCCAUAGCAUUUUCCAAAGAGGGAUCGCUUCUUGCUUACGGCGGCAGAAACUGCAAGGUUUAUCUGCUGAAUCUUGCCGAUGGAGAGUUUCUACAGACUAUUGAUAUUCCCGACAAGGUCAUUGCACUUGCUUACGGUGAAACCCAGCCGUUAGUGGCUAUUUCUAUUCCCAAUAAAAUCCUACUUUGGAAUAUUAUUGAAAAUAAAAUGGCUGCGGAGUAUGUGUUUGCUCAGAAGGGCGAGAACUACUGCAGGUCGUUAGUUUUCAUUGGAGAUGAAAUAAUUGCAGGAUUUGAUGAUGGCAGGGUGGCUAGAAUUGAGUUGUCCAGAAAUUAA